CUCUGUAAUAAGCAAAACUAUUUUCAUUUUGCGAUAUUAACAAGUAUAAAACGGAGAAAUGAUAAUAGAAUUACUAGUUCCUCAAAAUGAAACUCUUUGUGUUGGUCACUUUGGUCUCAGUUGCCUUUGGCAAAAACCUCCCAAAUCAAAAUGCGAGAAUCUCAAAAAUGGUAACCACCUAUGGUUACCCUUUGGAAACCUACAAAGUCACCACUGAUGAUGGCUACCUCUUGGACCUUUUCCGAAUCCCUCACGGGAUUCAAAAUAAGAACCAACACGACUCCCAAAGACCGGCAGUACUCCUCAUGCAUGGUUUCCUCUCAUGUUGUGAAGACUUCGUCGCAGGAGGGCCGUCCCAAGGCUUGGCUUUCUACCUUGCUGAUAAAGGUUACGACGUUUAUUUGGGCAAUUCCAGAGGUAGUCCUUAUGGCCAACAGCAUACCAGUUUAGAUCCACACAAAGACGCCGCUUUCUGGAGAUUUAGUUUUCAUGAAAUUGGGGUUGCCGAUAUGGCGGCGAUUAUCGAUCAAGUCGUUUCGAUAAGCCAACAAAAUAAGAUCCACUAUGUUGGUCACAUGGAAGGAGCAACAGUUUUCUAUAUUUUAGCAUCCCAAAAGAAAGGAUAUAACAACAAAAUUGAGAAGAUGGCCUCUUUAGGCCCCAUUGCCUACUUGAAAAAAGCUCCUCAUCAGAUCCUUAAAAAAAUCGCAGAAAAUUACAAAUCUAAGAGCUGGGUUAUUAAAAAUGUCGGUAUGAGUACAUUCAACCCAUCCUCCGAAUUGACAAGCGAAGCCCAAAAUCAGUGUAGUAACCUUGAGCAAAAAGAACAAAUCUGUCGCAACGAUUAUUUCCUUUUCAAUGGCUACAAUUCGAAAAAUUUCAAUGAAACUACCAUUCAAGAUGUUGUUUCUAGACGCCCAUGUUUGGGUUCCGUCCGCCAAGUUUUGCAUUUGGCCCAAAUGAAAGACAGUGGUCGUUUUGAAAGUUACACUUUCCCAGAAAAAACCGACUCUUAUGAAUAUGACCUCUCUCAAGUUUCGGCCCCAGUGGCCAUUUUCUACACCCCUGAAGAUGCAUUAUCUCAUGUCGAUGAUGUUGAUGCUUUAGCCAAACAGUUACCAAAUGUUUACAAGAAAGAAGUUGAGAGUGACUUCACCAACAAUCUUGACUUUCUCUACGCAGAGAAUAUUUACAAAUUCUAUAAAUAUGUCACUGAGAGUUUUCAGGAAGACCAACGCAAAAGAAACACAAAUAUGUUGUUUUAAAUCAAAUUGAAUAAUAAAAUUGUCAAUUCCUC